GCUUAAGGACGCGCGGAGCAGAUGCUGCGCUCGCAGCAGCAACAGCACUUGCAGCAGCAGCACCAGCAACACCAGCAGCAACAGCAGCAGCACCAGCUGCAUCAUCAGCAGCAGCAGAUGCAGCAGUCGGCGCAGCAACUGACAUCCGCUUCCAAUACACCAGCAACAUCAGCAAAGGCCAGCGGCAAGGCGGGAUCGGGAUCGGGAUCGGCUUCGGCCUCGGGAUCUGGGUCAGGAUCGGGUUCAGGAUCGGGCUCUAACUACUCUCAGAAGCUGCAGCAGCAACAGCAACACCAGCAGCAGCAGCAGCAGCAGCAGGCGGCGGCAGCGGCGGCGGCGCAGCAGCAACACCACCAGCAGCAGCAACAGUUGCUGCAGGAACUGCAGGAGGACUCGUCGAACAUCACCAGCGAUCUGAGCGAGGAGCAACUGCAGCAGCACCAGGCGGCGCAGCAGCAGUUGUACAACAACUAUCAGCAGUAUGCCGCGGCGGCAGGCUACAGAAAUUGGAAUCACGGCCUGGCUUUCAAUGGGGCCGCCGCCCUGCAGAAUCUGCUCUAGCUAUAGCUAUAGAUCCCGAUCUCCACAGGCAGCGGCUUUGUUGCGGGCCAGCCAAUUAGCGAGUGCAGUGCCGGUGGCUUUUAGCACCUGGCCGCAUCCGCAUCCGCCUCCGCAACCGCAUCCGCAUCCAUAUCCAUCCUUUGAGCACGUGAGUCUGGGGCCGCAACUCGCACUUGUACAUAUAGAAAUACCCAUGAAAGGGCCGAUCGAGAGCGCUGCCUUUUGAGUUGUUCAGUUCCAGUACUAUAUAGAUUCUGUUCCGGGGGGUUAUCUAAUCGAUACGGAGGAGGAGCGAAAGAAACCGUGAUGUAGUUGUAAGUGCAGCAGAACUUUUGUUAACAUUAUUACGUUUUGCUAAUACAAAUACAAAAUAAUAAUUCCGUGCCAUUUGUUUUCGUUGUUUCGAAACAAGCAAUAACAAUCAAAGCGGUUAUAACUGAAAAUUUGAAAACACAUUUUAAAUGUAUCCGAGAAUGGAGAAGCUAGAGAGCAGAUAGAGUGAAGGGAUCGUGUGUAAUGUUCUUUCAGAAAACAAAGCCCCAAAUGAAACAGUCCCAAAAAGAGAGAUACAAAUACUAAGCCCUUUAUCCAAAGGCAAUCGCAAUCGCAAUCGCAAUCGAAUUCGAAUCGCAAAAGAUCAAAACCAAAAAGAAAUCUAAAACCGAAAUCAUCAUAUUGAGCAGUCCAGUCCAGCAAAACCCUAAGAAUCUUCAACUAUCUAAGCAACAAAAUCUGGCCAUGCAUAAGAAAACGACACGUUUUAACUGAAUAAUUUAACAAAUUCCCAUUUAUAUAUACGCGCAUCGAUAUACGCCAAUAUAUCGCAAAAUCCCGCAUUUCAUUUACAUUAUGUGUCUUCUGUUGUUGUACGAAUUCGUUAGAUUAAGGCAUUUUGUAAAUAAUCUAUAAAUAGAUACCUUUAAGCAGCCCCCUCCCCAAAACCCUCCCCCCAACCCAAAAAAAAAACCCAAUUUAACUAAGGACCCAUUGCAAGCAACCAACUUUUAACUAACUCGAGAAUUAAUCAAAUUGUAUGAAAUUAUGCCACACCACUUGAAAGUAAACAUAAUAUAAAUAUAAAUACUGUAUAGCAUUUAACGUUUAAUUAGCAUAAAUACUGAAAGCAAAAAACAAAACGGAA